AUGAGCGCGCCCUGUGUGGGCUCGCGCCAUUUUUGCCAUGGGAGCCACAUGCAGCGAGUGGCCGUCGCAGCAGGGGUCCUGUCGCUAUGUGGGCUGGUGCCCAGUUUGUUCACUCCUGCCAUUCUUGAUGCUGGCAGACACUGGAGAGAUCCCCUUUGCCACGCUGAGAAGCCGCCGCGACCGCGGCGCCCGAAGGCAGCGAUGGGUCCCGUGGCGCCAGCCGUGGCGCCGGCAGCGGCGCGGCCAGAGCCCAGCAGCUGGUCGGAAGUGCUGCAACAAAUGGCACCAGAGGAAAGUGCGCGAGGCCGCUCCCUUCCAGUCGCCAUUGCCGUGCGAAGUUGGCUUCAGCGGGUCAUAAUUGGAGAAGGUUUGUGCCCCUGGGCGGAAGCGGCUAUGACCUCGGGUGCCCUAGCAGUGGUGUGCCUUCUCGAAAGCGAUGAAGAGGAGGUAAAGCAGCGCUUGUUGCAACAUGGCCAGCUCUUGGGCCGAGCCAAGCCCCCCGCCUCGAAGAGCGCCACGACCGUGGCCCUGGCACCGCGCUGCCACGGCCUGCGAAGCUUGCGACGCUUCCACAAGGUGUGCGACUUUUUGGACCUGAACCUGGAUGAAACGAAAGUUCAACUGGCGCCGUUCCAUCCCAAGUGGCGCUUCGAGGGCCGUCGCCUGCCGGGCGAAGGAGAUGUACCGGAGCCUGAGAGCGAUGCCGCGAACUACGUGAAUCGGGCGCCGAUCCCGGCCUUCCACUUCUUGCGAGUUUCAGAAGUGGAAUCUGCAGCUGCUGGGCAUCCCGCGGCACUCAAAGGAGGUCCUGAGGCCACGAGCGCAUCAGUUGCUUUGCGCAAUGCCCUGAUGUUGCGGAAGAAGGGCAUCAGCAACUGUGAAGAGGUCUUGCAGAGCUGUCGAGAAGAUGGCAAGAGGGCAGCUGCAGCUGCAGUGCCAGAAGCCAAGAAGGAAGAAGCCAAGGCGGCUGAACCUGCUGCUACUCCAGCUGCAACACCUGCCGAAGCACCUGCUGCAGCCGCCACCCCUGCUGAAACUAAGACCGAAGCCCCAGUGGAGAAGGUGUCAUCUGGAAAGGAGGAGAAGCCCAUCGAGCAAAAGAUGUAUAAGGCCCCGCCAGCCACUCCUGCAGCCGAGGCAGCACCUGCCGAGGCUGCCCCGGCUGAAGCAGCACCCGCAGAGGCAGCACCUGCAGAGGCAGCACCUGCCGAAGCAGCACCGGCUGAAGCUGCACCGGCUGAAGCUGCCCCGGCUGAAGCAGCUCCGGCCGAAGCAGCACCCGCCGAAGCUGCCCCAGCAGAGGAAGCAGCACCAGCAGAAGAAGCACCUACAAAAGAGGCAGCACCAGCCGAGGCGCCUGCAGAAGAGGCACCAGCUGAAGCCCCAGCUGAGUGA